AUGUCACUUUGUGCCUUAAUCUCUGAAUAUUUGGACUGGUAUGCUAAAUUGAUUGAAGUACCAAGUUCUUUGACUGAUAAAAUUCGUUUGAUCUUAUAUAGAGCAUAUACGGAAGAGACUGAGCUCGAUCCCUGGGUAAAGCCUGAAUCUUCACGAAUCGAAAAGGAUGCUAAUGAUCAUAUCUUACAGGACAGUUUACCGGAAACUCAGAUAGUAUUACCAAAUAAAAUUUACACCUCCUCAAUUUCCAAGACUGAUCCAAACAAAAAUUGUCUUUAUCAGUAUGUCAUCGAACAUGGAAUAAAUCCCAAAGAAUUUUCGACCAUUAUAGAGACUGAGAAAAAUAGGUGGACCAUGGGAUGUUUUCGUGGGGAUUUGGAAAGAAAUAUACAUUUCUAUCGUGGUGGAAUAGAAAGAAAAGAAGACUCUAGAAAAUAUCAUAAAUUUUUAACAGAUUGGGAGAGACUGAUUGGUAAAGAGUUAUUACGUCAAGGUAUACUAGAAAGUGGUUUGAGUACUACAUGGCUCAAUGAUCUUAUGGAAGAAUGA